AUGGGUAAGGCUAGUCGCGCCGUGUGCAUUGCCCCGCCUUUGCUGCUCACAUUUGCGUCUUUGAUCUGCUUUCUUGUUAUUGCGUUGGCGCAAGUUUCUGCUGGUGGUCACAGCACUUCACUCCAGCGAGAUCUCUACUUUUUCAAAGUAGAUACGAGCAGGAUGUUGCUUAGUUCUCAAAGUUUGCUAGAUACUCUCCCCGACGGUAUCGUUGGCACCCAGGUUCCUGACGCCCAUCAAAUUGUAGAAAAGUCCCAGAAUAUAAAAGACUUUUAUGCGGUUGGCCUCUUCGGUUACUGCGAGGUCACGCACUGCAGCGAUUGGAAAUUGCCAUUCUCUUUCGACCCUGUAGCUGUCUGGAAGCUGGAAAAUACAAGCGUGCAAGCGAACCUAGGGGACCGAUUUACUAAGGGCAUAAACAUAUACAGAAAAAUGGUAGAGUCGACACAUUACGUCUUCAUAGCCAUGUUAGCGUUGAAUGUAUUGGAAUGCAUAGCGGGGAUACUUGCCGUUAAGGGCAGAUUAUACAGUUUGUGCACAACUAUCAUUGCCUUUUUACAAACUAUGCUUGCCAUUACGACAGCAGUAGUAGCGAUGAUCACCUAUAUCAUGCUGAAGGGUGUGUUUGAGUCGGUCUUGCGCCCUUACAACGUUGAGGGAUCUCUGGGACUUUCCUUGUUCUCUGUUCUCUGGUUUGGUGUCGCCUGCUCCAUUGCAUCGAGCUUCUUCUGGUCCUGGAGUGUCUGCUUUUGCUCUGGCAAAUGA